CUCAAACUGUUUCUCUAGUCUUGCUCCUGAAGUCACAGGAUGACCUGGAGUGACCUCAUCCAGAGAAUAAUCAUCCUUUCUCUCUCUGGACCUGGAAUGGUGGGGAACUUCCUCAUAGUUGUGAGACAUGCACACACUUUGAUCAUGGGUCCUGUGAAAAAAUCCAUAGACCUUAUUCUCAUCCAUUUGGCUUUUUCAAAUAUUAUCAUCAUCUGUACCACAGGAAUGAAAGACAUAGUCACAGUCAUUUAUAUCAGUAACUUCCUACUAGGUGAGAUUCUUUGUAAAAUUGUUAUUUACCUGAAUAGGGUGGCUCAAAGUCUCUCCAUCUGCACCACAUGCCUCCUCAGUGUAGUCCAGGCCAUCACCAUCAGUCCCAGGAACACCUUGUGGAAACAGCUCAAACCACACACUGCAUGGCAGGUUCUUCCCCACCUCCUCUUCUUCUGGGUCUUUAGCUUCCUCAUUGGCUCUAACUUUCUCUAUUAUAUCACAGCAGUCAACAACAUGAAUGAGUCUAGUGUUAGACUCUACAUUGAACAUUGCUACAUGCUGCCAGCUCCACAAAUGAUCAGAUGGCUCUUCCUCUGCCUCAUGGCUCUCCGGGACCUCACCUUUCAGAGUAUUAUGGGCUGCAGCAGUCUGUACAUGGCUGUCUAUCUGUACAAACAUCACAAACAUGUCCUCUACCUCCAGAGCUCCAGGUGUGCCAAAUAUCCCAGCCCAGAGAUCAGAGCUACUCAGAGUACUGUCAUUCUUAUGACCUGCUUUCUGUUCUUUUAUUGGGCGGAUUUCAUUUUGUCCUUCUACAUAGGGUUCACUCUGACACAGAUUUUCACAAUAUCCAAGCUUAAACUAUUUCCAGAAUUUGGUUUUGCCAGUCUCAGUCCCUGUGUCCUGAUGGGCCAAAAAUUUUACCUUGCUAAAUGCUGGAGUGCUCACUGA